AUGGGGAACCAAGCUAGCAAGAAGCCCAACAACCUCUCCACGGAGCUGAGCUCGUACGAGGCCGCCUGCGCCGCCGACGCCGACCUCCGCUCCUUCGACACCACGCUGCAGGCGCGGACCAGCCACGUGAUCAACGCGCUCGCCGUCGGCGUCGAGGUCAGGGCCCUGUCGUUCGAUUCGCUCCGGGAAGUGACGGAGUGCCUGCUGGAGAUGAACCAGGAGGUCGUCAAGGUGAUACUCGAUUGCAAGAGGGAUAUAUGGAAGAGCCAGGAGCUGUUCGAGCUCGUGGAGGAGUACUUCGACAACAGCCUCCACACUUUGGAUUUCUGCGCCGCCCUCGAGAAGUCGCUGAAGCGAGCUAGGGAUAACCAGCUUCUCCUCCUCGUCGCGCUCCAGCAGUUCGACGAAGAAUCGUCGUCGUCGUCGAAAUCGGAAUCGGAAUCGGGAGAAUCGGGAUCCAAGGCUUCGUACAAGAGGACGCUGGAGGAGCUGAGGAAUUUCAAGGAAGCAGGGGAUCCUUUCACGGAGGAGUUCUAUACUCGGUUUCAGAACGUCCACAAGCAGCAGAUCCAGAUGCUGGAGAAGCUGCAGAGCAAGAAGCGGAAGCUCGACAAGAAAUUGAAGUCGAUCCACUCGUGGAGGAAGCUGUCCAGCAUCAUCUUCGUCGCCAGCUUCGCGGCGGUGCUGAUCUGCUCCGUCGUGGCGGCGGCGAUGGCGGCUCCUCCCGUGGCCGCCGCGCUGGCGGCGGCCACGUCGAUCCCGCUGGGGUCGAUGGGGAAGUGGAUCGACUCGCUGUGGCGGAACUACGAGAGCGCGGUGAAGGGGCAGAAGGAGCUCGUCGGGACAAUGCAGGUCGGGAGCUACGUCGCGAUCAAGGAUCUGGAGACGAUCCGCGUGAUGGUGGACCGGCUGGAGGUGGAGAUGGCGGCGGUGGAGAAGGCGGCGGAGUUCGCGACGCAGGAGGACGGCGGCGACGCGGCGGUGAAGAUUGGGAUCGAGGAGAUCAGGAAGAAGCUCGGCGGGUUCAUGAGGAAUGUGGAGGAGUUGGGGGUUCAGGCUGACGUGUGCAGCCGGGAUAUUCGGCGGGCGAGGACCGUUGUCCUUCAGCGGAUCAUUAAGCAACCGAAUUAA